AUGGCUGGCACACACGGAUUCACGCGCACUCUAUGCGCUCAGCUCAAGACCGUACCGCCCCAUAUCGCGGCUGCCGAGCUGCCUGCCUACAGCUACCGCGACGCACCGGGUUUCACCGCUGAUGGCGAUGAUGUGGCCGAUGACCCGGUCGUCGCACAGUUUGCGUCGUCCAGUGUGCCUCAUACCUUGCGGAUUGGCACGGGUGCGUCGGUGUUUGCGUCGCAGCUGCUGCCGGCGCUGCUUAGCGCCCGUCGUGAGAUUUUGCUGGUGACGUGCUUCUGGGCAGCCUCCAAGAGCCUUUCGGACCUCUCGGCCGCACUCCUCCAGCUGGCAGCAGCGCGAUCGCCGGCGACACUGGAGUCGGUGCCGCCUCUGCGCAUCCGCAUCUGCUUCUCGUCGCGCUCGCUGCUGCAAAAGCUGCUUCACACCUCGUCUCGCGGCGGCUACACCUAUCCGCCGGCGUCAUGGGAAAAGGACCUGGGCCUGCCUUCUCCGUCCGUCUUGCGUGAUGCUGGCAUCGACCUGUCGGUCAAGAGCCUGUUCUUUUUGCCGUUCAGCGUCAUGCACCCAAAAUUUAUGAUUCUCGACCGGAAACGGGCCUUUUUGCCGAGCUGCAACGUCAGCUGGGAGCCGUGGCUGGAGGACUGCGUUGAAGUGACGGGCGACGCUGUGCGACCGCUGCUCUCCUUUUAUGCCCAAACCUGGCGAGACACGCUUCCAGACUGGGACCACAGCGGAGACGGCGAUGACGACGCGCGUCGUGACAAUGCUGCACCAACUGCCGCUUCAUCGCCCUUUCACAUCAGCCCCCUCGACGUGGACGGCCCUGGGAGCAUUGUUGUCCGCUUUCCCUCUCCAUCCACCGGCGCAUCGGCAACGCCCAUCCCCACCGUCAUCCUCCCGUCGUCGCACCACAGAAACCCUCUGUUCCGUCCCUUUCCCUGGCAAGACUACGCGCCGCCGCCGCCUACGCCGCUCAACCUCGCCAUGCUCCAGCUGUUGUCGGCCGCCACCCGCCAUAUCUACAUCCAGUCGCCCAACUUCACCGUCGAAGCCGUCACGGUAGCUCUCCUUGCGGCCCUGGGCCGCGGUAUCGACGUCGACAUUGUCACUGGUGAGCGCAUGAUGGUGUACGAGCAGAUUCUGACGGCCGGCACGACAACAGGGCGAUGCAUUCGCAGCUUCGUAAAACGGUAUGAUGCCCUCGCACAACAGCAGCAGCGGCCGCAAAACGGACUUGGUCGGCUGCACAUCGCCUACUACCAGCCGUUGGACACGACGAAAAAGGCCUCGGAUGAAGAGCAGGCCAUGCUGUCGUCUCCUCAACCGGCACCGGUGCAGCCCUCUACAAAGGCCGGCGGCUUUGCACCGGCCACCGAGCAGCCCGUCCAGUCCCACAUCAAGAUGACCAUUGUCGACGGAGAACACACCGUGCUGGGCUCCGGCAACAUUGACCGUGCCAGCUUCUUCACUAGCCAGGAACUGGGCAUCCUCUUCCAUAGCACCAUCUUUGCCGAAGCCGCGCAGACGGCCGUCGAUCGCGUUCUGGACGGCCGCACAAGGACCGUCUACCCUGCUCCAUUUUCAGAAUAG